AUGGAUGUGGCAUACGAGCUACUCAAUGGGACCCAACCUUGGCUUUCCUCUCCAUUCGACCUCAGUGGCUCCGUGGCUACAGCCAACAUUUCAAACCAAACAGAGCCAUACUAUGACCUGACCAGCAAUGCAGUCCUCACCUUCAUAUAUUUUGUGGUCUGCAUCAUUGGGUUGUGUGGCAACACGCUUGUCAUUUAUGUCAUCCUCCGCUAUGCCAAGAUGAAGACCAUCACCAACGUUUACAUCCUCAACCUGGCCAUCGCAGACGAACUCUUCAUGCUGGGUCUGCCCUUCCUGGCCAUGCAGGUGGCUCUGGUCCACUGGCCCUUUGGCAAGGCCAUCUGCCGGGUCGUCAUGACUGUGGAUGGCAUCAAUCAGUUCACCAGCAUCUUCUGCUUGACAGUCAUGAGCGUUGACCGAUACCUGGCUGUGGUCCACCCCAUCAAGUCGGCCAAGUGGAGGAGACCCCGGACAGCCAAGAUGAUCAACGUGGCUGUGUGGGGGGUCUCUCUGCUGGUCAUCUUGCCUAUCAUGAUAUAUGCUGGCCUUCGGAGCAACCAAUGGGGGAGGAGCAGCUGCACCAUCAACUGGCCAGGCGAAUCCGGGGCGUGGUACACAGGCUUCAUCAUCUAUGCCUUCAUCUUGGGGUUCCUGGUGCCCCUCACCAUCAUUUGUCUUUGCUACCUGUUCAUUAUCAUCAAAGUGAAGUCCUCUGGAAUCCGAGUGGGUUCCUCCAAGAGGAAAAAGUCUGAGAAGAAGGUCACCCGGAUGGUGUCCAUCGUGGUGGCCGUCUUCAUUUUCUGCUGGCUCCCCUUCUACAUCUUCAAUGUCUCUUCGGUGUCCGUGGCCAUCAGUCCCACCCCAGCCCUUAAGGGCAUGUUUGACUUUGUGGUGGCCCUCACCUAUGCUAACAGCUGUGCCAACCCUAUCCUGUACGCCUUCUUGUCUGACAACUUCAAGAAGAGCUUCCAGAAUGUCCUCUGCUUGGUCAAGGUGAGCGGCACAGACGACGGGGAACGAAGUGACAGUAAGCAGGACAAAUCCCGGCUGAAUGAGACCACGGAGACCCAGAGGACCCUCCUCAAUGGAGACCUCCAGACCAGUAUCUGAACUGCCUGAAAAAUCAAUCAAUCAAGCGCCAAGCUCU